UUGGAGGUCACUGACUGCCGGCGUACACACGGUGUGUAUGCGUGUUUCUUGCGAGCUCAUUUAAAUAGCAAUCCAUAACAUAGAAAUCACAUGGCUACUCCGACAGUGACGAGGAAGCAUGUACCGGAGGAUAUGACGGUGGGUUUUAUUGGAGCGGGCCGGAUGGCCCAGGCCAUGGCUAAGGGCUUCAUCUCCACAGGUAUCCUGAAGGCAUCGAACAUUGUUGCCAGUGAUCCGGACCCAAUAUGUCUACAGUCUAUACAGAGCAUGGGUGUCAAGGUCACGGAUGACAAUCUCAAGGUUGUUGCUGACAGUCAGCUGGUGGUGUUGGCAGUUAAACCUCACAUCAUCACUCCAGUCCUAAAACAGGUUUCUCCCUCAUUUUCCCGCGAUAAACUCAUGGUCUCCAUAGCAGCAGGGAUCACACUGUCUACAUUAGAGGAGAAUCUGCUCCCGUCUACACGUGUUGUUCGUGUGAUGCCCAACACACCCGCAUUGGUACAGGCCGGAGCGUCAGUCCUCGCCCCGGGGUCAGGCGCCCUGUCCGGGGACCCAGAGCUGGUGUCCGAGCUGUUGAGCUGUAUUGGAAUCUGCGAGUCGAGCACUGAGGGACUACUGGACGCUGUCACGGGGCUCAGUGGCAGUGGACCCGCCUACGCGUUCGUUGCUAUAGAGGCAUUAGCAGAUGGUGGCGUCAAGAUGGGACUCCCGAGGGACAUGGCUGUGAAACUAGCUGCCCAAACACUUCUGGGUGCUGCAAAAAUGGUUCUGGAAACUGGCAAAAACCCGGGCCAAUUGAAAGACGAAGUUUGCUCGCCAGGUGGCACCACGAUUGCCGCAAUGCAUAAACUGGAAAAAGGAGGGUUCCGAGGGGCACUUAUGGACGCUGUGGAGGCAGCAACCCUCAAGGCUUCGGAGCUAGGAGCUAAGAAGUGAAGGUUGUAAUGCUGAGAACUGAUUCAUAAGUAUAAGCAGAGUUGAACAAUCCAUUGAAGAAUUAUAUCUGUCCGUUAUGACGGGUGUAUACUGAACUCUAACAUAUCUGAAAAUUAGGCCAACAGGAUCGUAAAUUCACGUCCCAGGGAGGCAAGUGACCAUACUCCAUUGGCUCUUAAUUCAAUAGACAGAGUCACAGAAUUCCAGGAUGACAGAUGCCGAUCCAAAGGUGCAUGGGGCAACGACCUUGAUCAGCAACAAAAAUGUAUAAUGUGAACUGUGAUGUCCAAGAGUGGACGUUACAAAUUAUGUGUACAGUAUAGUGUUAUGCUAUAUAUAUAUAUAGGUACGUGCAUAAAAAUGAAUACCAGCAAUU